GCCCGCGCCUCUGAAACCGGCCGCUGCUCGCCCGACCUUCUGCGCCGGCCUCGCGCCCCCCGCCCGGCAGGGCCCUCGGCGCCCCUCGGUUCCCGCGACUCCGCACGCUCGCUCCGGGGGCGGGGGACUCCGGGGUCCCCUGCCCCACGCCGCUGCCCCCUUCUUUCUCGGGCAGCCCCCCACCCCAGCCUCUCUCCCAUCCCGCCGCCGCCUCUCCGCCCCCCGUCCCCAUAUCGUCAAGCUCAGGCGGCGUGGGAGGGGGGGUCCUCCCGAAUCGACAGGAUGUACCCCCAGGGAAGGCACCCGACCCCGCUUCAGUCCGGCCAGCCCUUCAAGUUCUCAAUCUUGGAGAUCUGCGACCGCAUCAAAGAAGAAUUCCAGUUUCUUCAGGCUCAGUACCACAGCCUCAAGCUGGAGUGUGAGAAGUUGGCCAGUGAGAAGACAGAAAUGCAGCGACAUUAUGUCAUGUACUAUGAAAUGUCCUACGGGCUCAACAUUGAAAUGCAUAAGCAGGCUGAGAUUGUGAAGCGCCUCAGUGGUAUCUGUGCUCAGAUUAUCCCCUUCCUGACGCAGGAGGAAAGGGAGAGAGGGAGAGAAAGAAACUACAAAGAGCAAGCGAGAAAAGGGACUUCCCUGGCGGUCCAGUGGUUAGGACUCCACGCUCCCAUGGCAGGGGGCACGGGUUCGAUCCCUGGUCAGGGAACUAAGAUCCCGACGCCAAAAAAAAAAAAGCACCAACAGCAGGUCCUGCAGGCCGUGGAGCGGGCCAAGCAGGUGACGGUGGGGGAGCUGAACAGCCUCAUUGGCCAGCAGCAGCUCCAGCCGCUGUCCCACCACGCCCCCCCUGUGCCCCUCACCCCUCGUCCGGCUGGGCUGGUGGGCGGCAGUGCCACGGGGCUGCUGGCCCUGUCGGGAGCCCUGGCCGCCCAGGCUCAGCUGGCCGCGAUCGCCAAGGAGGACCGGGCAGGCGUGGAGGCCGAGGGGUCCAGAGUGGAGAGAGCCCCAAGCAGGAGUGCCUCCCCCUCACCUCCAGAGAGUGUGGCGGAAGAGGAGCGACCCAGCGGCCCGGGUGGCAAUGGGAAGCAGAGAGCCGAGGAGAAGGAUCUGUUGGGACCUUAUGAGAGUGAUGAGGACAAGAGCGAUUACAACCUGGUGGUGGACGAGGACCAACCCUCCGAGCCCCCCAGCCCAGCAACCACCCCAUGUGGAAAGGCACCCAUCUGCAUCCCUGCCCGUCGGGACCUGGUGGACAGUCCAGCCUCCUUGGCCUCCAGCCUUGGCUCACCGCUCCCCAGAACCAAGGAGCUCGUCUUGAACGAUCUUCCUGCCGGCACCCCUGCCUCCAAGUCUGGCGACUCCUCCCCGCCCCAGGACGCGUCCACCCCUGGGCCCAGCUCCGCCAGUCACCUCCGCCAGCUCGCGGCCAAGCCAGCACCUUCCACGGACAGUACUGCCCUGAGGAGUCCCCUGACCCUGUCCAGUCCCUUCACCACAUCCUUCAGCCUGGGCUCCCACAGCGCCCUUAAUGGGGACCUCUCUGUGCCCAGCUCCUACGUCAGCCUCCACCUGUCCCCCCAGGUCAGCGGCUCUGUGAUGUAUGGACGCUCCCCCAUGAUGGCAUUUGAGUCUCAUCCACAUCUCCGAGGGUCGUCCAUCUCUUCCUCCCUGCCCACCAUCCCUGGGGGAAAGCCGGCGUACUCCUUCCAUGUGUCUGCGGACGGGCAGAUGCAGCCGGUGCCCUUCCCUUCUGACGCGCUGGUGGGCGCCGGCAUCCCGCGGCACGCGCGGCAGCUGCACACGCUGGCGCACGGCGAGGUGGUCUGCGCGGUCACCAUCAGCGGCACCACGCAGCAUGUGUACACGGGCGGCAAGGGCUGUGUGAAGGUGUGGGACGUGGGCCAGCCGGGCGCCAAGACGCCAGUGGCCCAGCUGGACUGCCUGAACCGGGACAACUACAUUCGUUCCUGCAAGCUGCUGCCGGACGGCCGGAGUCUGAUAGUGGGUGGUGAGGCCAGCACCUUGUCCAUCUGGGAUCUGGCAGCCCCCACCCCUCGCAUCAAGGCGGAGCUGACCUCCUCGGCGCCCGCCUGCUAUGCCCUGGCCGUCAGCCCCGACGCCAAGGUCUGCUUUUCCUGCUGCAGCGACGGCAACAUCGUGGUCUGGGACCUGCAGAACCAGACCAUGGUCAGGCAAUUCCAGGGCCACACGGAUGGGGCCAGCUGCAUCGACAUUUCUGAUUACGGCACUCGGCUCUGGACAGGGGGCCUAGACAACACCGUGCGCUGCUGGGACCUGCGGGAGGGCCGCCAGCUGCAGCAGCAUGACUUCAGCUCCCAGAUUUUUUCCCUGGGCCACUGCCCCAACCAGGACUGGCUGGCGGUUGGCAUGGAGAGCAGCAACGUGGAGAUCCUGCACGUCCGAAAGCCCGAGAAAUACCAGCUGCAUCUUCACGAGAGCUGUGUGCUCUCCCUCAAAUUUGCCUCCUGUGGGCGGUGGUUCGUGAGCACGGGCAAAGACAACCUGCUCAAUGCCUGGAGGACGCCGUAUGGAGCCAGCAUCUUCCAGUCCAAGGAGUCAUCCUCCGUGCUGAGCUGUGACAUCUCCGGGAAUAACAAGUACAUCGUGACAGGCUCUGGAGACAAGAAGGCCACCGUGUACGAGGUGGUCUACUGAGACACCACUCAUACUGCACCCCUGGCCCAACUCCUGAGGGAGGGGCAUCCAGGACCCCCUCUCCAGUCCUACUCUGAGCACUAAAUCUCAUCUGCUCUCUGGCUGACCCCCUUACGUCCUUCCCUGCUGGAUGUGGGACCAGAUGUGCAGGGGGACUUUGGGGAAAUAAAUAAAUGUAUUUAUCACA